AUGCAGAAGCUUCUGAAGCGGAACUAUAAGGCGGUGUACGCCAGUGAGGACAUCCUAUCGCUGUACCACUCCUCUCUGCUGUACGGCGAGGUGCCUUUCACCAGUCGCCUGCGAGCCAUGCUCACCUCGGGGCCCAUCAGCCUCCUCGUCACUGCUGCCGAGUUCAUGGCUUCCUGCGUGGGUGCAGUGUACUAUAUCAUAGGGACCAGGGAGGCGGUGGCACAGGUGGUGGCAUGGAACGCAGGGCACCUGGCCGUCUCUGCCUUCUUCAUCCUGCUCUUCCUCCUCCGCCUCUACAGUGCGCCAGUGCGCUGGCUGUACGUGUGCUCCUACCUGGGAGUGCUCGACAUCCUAUCUGGCGUUCCCGUGCUCGGUUCCCACCUCAGCAGCAGCAAGAGAACAGGCACCCUGUUUCAAGUCGUCUACUUCUUGCAAAUCCUCAAGCCCUUCACCCGCCUGCACCAGCUGGGACUGGACAUCACAUCCAUCACUCAAGAGGUCAUCAACCUUAUCGUCUACCUCACCUCGCUAAUAUUCGCAGCAGCAGGCAUCUUCCUGUGGGUGACCUACCAGAACCCUGAGGUGCAGGAGACGGGCAACUGUGAGCCGGUUAACUGCCUCGACUAUGCCAUGUCACUCUACUUUGUUGUUGUCACGAUAUCCACGGUGGGCUAUGGAGACAUCCUGGCGACCAACACAGCGGGGCGGGUGGUGGUGAUGUGCAUCAUCGUGGCAGCGCUCGUUAUUCUCCCUGUGCAACUCAGCAACAUCUCCAACCUCCUCGCGCACAGGCCGUACGGUGGAAGGUUCUCAGCAGCUUCCGCCACGGGCAUGCGGUUUGUGGUGCUGACGGGGCAGCUUUCCCCACUCUCCAUCCAGCAGUUCCUGGCUGAGCUCUACCACCCACUACAUGACAGAGAUUUCGCCUCCUACCCUCUCCAAACGGUCAUUCUAGCACCCUUUGAACCAUCCUUUGAGCUGCGGGCUCUGAUCACGGAAUACCACGGUGCAGUGCGGUUCAUUCAGGGCUCGCCCAUGACACUCUACGACCUGCACCGUGUGCAGAUCGCCCUCGCUUCCGCUGUCUUCAUCCUCCUCCCACCCCUCCAAUCCUCUCGUGCGCUGGACAACGCUCAGAUCGCGCAGGCCCUUGCGUUGAACCGCUACGCGGGGCAUCUAUCACGGUUCGUGCUGGAGAUGGGUAAUCCGCAGGGGGCAGCACUGCCCGUGUGGGACACUGCCUCCCACCGCAUGCACGUGCUCUGCCAUGAGAGCCUGCGCUUCAAGGUCCUGGGGUCCAGUCAAGGUGAGUCAACGUGGGACAAGGCGGCAGCACUGCCGGUGUGGGGCACUGCCACCCACCGCAUGCACGUGCUCUGCCAUGAGAGCCUGCGCGUCAAAGUGUUGGGGUCCAGGCGGGUCAACGUGGGUCCGGGUGGGUCAACGUGGGUCCAGGUGGGUCGACGUGGGUCCAGGUGGGUCGACGUGGGUCCAGGCCUCUCCACCCUGGUAGCCAACCUGCUGCGCUCACCUCUCCUGCUCGACUCGCCCGGCCACAAGGCAUGGCUGCCAGAGUACCACGCCGGCUGCCUGCACUCCAUCUACCCCGUGCUCCUCCCCCCCCGCCUUCCACCCCUUCCCCUUCCAAGAUCCCGCCCCGUUUUUACACCAGUGCUUUCGUGUGUGCCUCUCCCCCUCCCCUCCCCUUCCCCUUCCCCCUCUUCCCCCCCCAGCUGCUUCAUGCGGGGCCUGUCAACGUUAAUAGCCAACCUGCUGCGCUCGCCGCUCCUGCUCGACUCGCCCGGCCACAAGGCAUGGCUGCCAGAGUACCACGCCGGCUGCCUGCACUCCAUCUACCCCGUGCUCCUCCCCCCCGCCUUCCACGGGCUGUCCUUUGAGGAGGUUGCAGAGUUUGUGUACCGCUGCUUUCACGUCUGCCUCUUUGCUCUUGACGUGCUGGUGGAUCCGUGUGGGGCGCAUGGAGGGGUGGAGAGGGGUGGGGCGGGUAGGGGAGGUGUUGGAAGGGGUGGGAUGCACGCCUGUGGGGAGUGUGUGGAGUGUGUGGAGUGUGGAGGUAGGGAGGAGGGAGACAGGCGCUCUGAGGCAGAGGCCACAGCAAAGCCACUGCAGGGAUCAUAUUCACGUGCAGUACCAACUGCAGCCCCAGGAGCAGGAGGAGGAGAAGAGGGAGCAGCAACGGGAGCAGGAGGAGAAGAGGGAGAAGCAGCGGGAGCAGGAGGAGGAGCAGAGGGGGCAGCAGCAGCACGAGCAGCAGGAGCAGGAGCACCCGCGGAAGCAGCCCCAAGCUUUUACGUGGGCAAAAAGGCAAGCCGACCGCCCAGGCCUCUCAAAAACCCCCUCCCCCAGUUGAGCCGCCUGCUCUCCCACCCCCAAGAGGAGCUGUACUUUCUCCUCAACCCCUCCGCUGCUGCCUCUGCUGCCCGCACGCCAGCAGCAGCAGCAAAACCAGCAAAAGCAGCAGGAGCAAGUGCAGGAGCAGCAGGGGCAGCAGCAGGCAGCAGCUCUGGCCAAGGGAAAGCGUGGAACGCGGGCAGUGGCGUGGCGAGGAGAAUAGAGCAGCAGUUACACGAGGGCCUUAGGCUGAGGAGGAAGGGAGCGAGCGGAGGGAGAGGAGGGGGAGGAGCAGGGAGAGUGGGGCUGGAGUGUGGGUGCCAGCGGGGGGUGUUCCUGCUUCCAUCUCAGCACAUCAUCCGCAGCUCUGUUGACGUGGGGUUGGUGAUUGCGCCCAGCCUUGACGCUGCUGAAAGGGUUUCUGCUUUCACAGGCGGAUUGCACAGUGGGAGGAGCGAUGGUGGGGGGAGUGGGAGUGGGGGGAGUGGGAGUGGGGGGAGUGGCAGAAUCUGGCAGUCUUGGUGGGGGGUCAGGGGGAGGAAAGGGGAGGGGGGAAGGGGAGGGGAGGUGGAGAAACAGGGCGGUGGUUCCAGGGUGGCCUGUGAAGGUGGUGGACAUUGGAAGCGGUUUUGCAAGGAGCAUCAGCAGGAGCAUCAGCACCAGCAACACAGGCAGCAGCAUCACCAGCACCAGCAGCAGGCAAUGACUGAACAACAACAACAGCAGCAGCAGCAGCAGCAGCAGCAGCCGAAGAGUGAUAGCCAACAACUGCAACAGCAGCAGCAGCUCGUUUUCCAGCCGCCGCAAACCCUGCCAUUCCACCCCAUCAACCGUCAGCACCGACCCCUCACAGCAUCCGCACUGGCGGCAGCACGCGCCUCCAACCCCAUCUCCCGCCACCUCUCUUCCUUCCUCUUCGGGACCCGCCGCGCCGCGUCUCUGCUGCUGCCGUCCCCUGCUGCGGCUGCUGACGCGCGGUCGCUGUUUCAGAUGGUGCAGGAGGAGUGGAUGAGGAGAGGGGCGAUGGAAGGGGCAGGUGGAUGGGCUGAUCUGGCACCAACUGCUGCUGCGGUGGCUGCUGGUGCUGCUGGUGCGGGUGGCAUGAGUUUGGGAAGAGAUGUGAGUGUGACUCUGAUGCCUGAUGAUACUCAUUUCACCGACAGUCAUCUCACCACGCCCCUGCUCUCCCGAUACUGCCACCACCACCAGGUAGCAUCACCAACAUCCCCAUCAGCAGCAGGGUUAGGCACAGCGGCAGCAGCAGCACCACCACCACCAGCCGCAGCAGCAGCAGCAGCAGCAGCAUCAAGAGGGCGCCAAGAUUCGUCACUUCAAACGAAUCCUUUUAUAACGAGAGCAAGAGAGCCUGGCAGCAGCAGCAGCAAGAGAAAGGUAGUACGGUUCCAGGGUAUUGGGGAGGUGGAUGGGGGGGUUACAGAGCAGGGGAGAGGGGUGCACGUGGAAAGUCAGGGGUUGCUGGUUGGGGGAGGCACGACAGAAGUGAGGAGGGAAGAAUGGGAAAUGGCAGAGGAGAGAGGCAAGGCGAGAAGUGCAGUGGAAGGGGAUGUGCCGCAAGGCAUUGGUGACAGCGUGUGGGACGUUGGUACGGCUGUGGAGGGUGGUGCUACUGCUGCUGAUGGUGGGAAGGUUGCUGUGUUUGCCCAGGAUAAGCCAUUCUUGCACCUGCUAUCCAAGGCUGGUGCAGAGGAGAAACGAGUGGGGAAGGGCGAAGGAAAGCGAGAGGGGACGAAGGAAGGCGAUGAGAAACAAGAAGCGGAGAAGCAAGGGGACGAGGCAGAGGGGGGGGCGAAGGAGAAGGGGGAGGAAGAGGGAGAGGAGGAGGAGGGGGGAGGAGAGGAGGAAGAGGAAGAAGAGGAGGAAGAGGAGGAGGAGAUUGAGAGGCUGGCAGUGGAGGUGGUAGAUAGGCAUGAAGAGGCAAUACUCACACAUCUAGACUCCCACACCCUCCCUGUUGCUGACUUCGCCUCGCCUCACAUCCUCGUGUGCCUCGCUGGCAGCAGCAGAAGCCAUGGUGUUGGUGGUAGUGCUAGUGAUGGAGAGGAGGAAGGAGGUGGGGAGGGGGGGGAGGGAGGCGGCGUGGUGGCAUGGCCGGCGAAUCUGGAGGGAGGCGGCAUGGUGGCAUGGCCGGCGAAUCUGUUCUGCCUGGUGAAGCAUCUCAGGAGCAGGGUGCUGCCGCAACGACCCGUGCUCAUCAUGCACCCCCAUGUGCGUACACUUGUCCUCAUCACUGGCGCCCUCAUGGCCUCAUCUGAGCCGGCGUCCUCUCUCCCCCUCACUUUUGUCCCACCCUUUUUCCACCCUCCCUCCGCUCCUCCAUUACCUCACAGCACCCGAGUCGCUGAGAGUGGGCGCAGGUGGGCAUCUCCCCCGGCGUCUUCUUCCUCUGCGGCUCCCCCCACUCACGAAUCAACACCCCACCCACCGGGAGUGGGCCCAACCCAUGGCCCCUUCCCUCCCCCCAUUGCCUUGCAACACCUCACACACUGCGAGUGGGCUCAGCACCCCACCCACCACGAGUGGGCCCAAGUAGGCAUAUUCCCCGACGUUUUCUUCCUCUGCGGCUCCCCCACACACGAUCUCGACCUCAUCCGCGCCGGCGUCCUCUCCGCCGAAAAAGUCCUUGUCAUCUCCCCCGACCAAUCGCCAGGCGCCACGUCACCAUCCCUCUCCUCCUCCUCCUCAGGCCCGUCAGCAGACCUAGCAAGCGUGGUGGUCGCAGCACACGUGGAACAGUUACAAGGAGGAUGGGAAACAGACGGAGAGAGCGCAGAAGCAGCGGAGGAGGGGGGGGGGGAGAGAAGGAAGGGUGGUUUGCUGGUGGAGCUUCAGAGCGAGCAGUCAUAUCAGUACUUCCAGCCGCUGUACCUGCUGCCAGGGCGGCGGGCGGAGAGGCGAUCGUAUCUGCGGAACAGGAUGGGGGUGUACGCGUUUGCUCCUGUCUUCCAGAGCGGGCGGGCCUUCUGCAGCACCGCGCUCUCUGCUGUCUCGUGA